UUCUUCCUCCAGCAGCAGUAGCAGCAAAAGCAGCAGCAGCAGCAAAGAUGAUCAAGAAGUCCUUCCUCGUAAUUCUUCUGUUCGUCCUUGCCACAGCUCUCGUACAAGGAAUGCCAACUUUCAGCAGAGGACGUUGCCUUUGUGAAGGAAAAGGAGCGAUGAUGUCCUCUGUUCCUAUUCGCCGUAUUGCUGAAGUUAAAUUCCACCGCCGAAGCAGCAGCUGUGAUCAGGAGGAGCUGGUAGUCAUUUUCCAAGGAAAUGGCCGAAGCCGUUGCCUCGACAUUAAGAUGGAGCAAGGCCAGCGCAUAAAACAAGCAAUUCUGAAGAAAAGGAAAUGAGGAUUGCAAGAGAGAGAAAACAGCAAAAACAUAAGUGGGUCUCUCGUUACAGAUGAAGAUAAGUUGUGAAAUUCAAGCACUCUUUGGGGGAAGUUCCUCCACCACUUCUCCGUGAGGACCUCCUGACAACCCUCUGAAGAACUUGCGCUCUUUGGAACACACUCUGAAAACCACCAGCCUAAGUGUUUAAUGACAGGCUUGUUCUACUAAUGCUACUGGAAUGUGGAAGUGAGCCAAAGCUUUUCCUGUUUAGUUUCUUUUCCUCACUUUCAGGUCAAGAAUUCUGUUUUACUACAGAAGGAAACUGAAAAUAAGGAAAAAAAUAAUUGCACAACGUAAAGCCUUGAUAGGUGCGUGGCUUAAAAGUCUCUGUGAAUGGAAGGCAUUCGGUAGAACGUUGUCUUGUUAUCAUUGUUAAGGAAGAAUGUUGUCUUGUUAUCAUUGUUAGGUUAUAAUUGUGCUGUCUCCAUGUCCUUAAUACAGCCUACUAAGCUAAUGGUGAAGAACAUAUGUUUCCUUAAUGUAAAGAUGGGGAACCUGUGGCCUUCCAGAUGUUACUGGACUCCAACUCCCAUCAGCCCCAGCCAUCAUGGCCGAUGGGAGCUCAACAACAUUUAGAGGGCCACAGUUUACUCAUCCCUGCCUUAAUAAACACCCAGCAGUACUCUUUGUCCAAAGGCUACUUUAGAAUGAAUGAAGCAAAUGCAAAGCCAGACUGCUCAGUCUGAGGGACAAAUUAGACAUGAUUUUAAAUGUAUCUUUUCAUUAAACAUGCAGAUUUUUUAAUGCAAAUAACAGGCUCGUCCACAUGGCGAUUUAGUGUGUGUCUAGUGCUGCUUGCAUCCCCUUGUAAUCUGCAUGGUUCAUAUGACGUUGCAGGCAAGCAAAAGUUAUCACGCAGUUUCCCUUUUAAAUCCAUAUUAAUCCAAUCCGCUGAUAAUGCAAAAAGGAAAGGAAAAACCAUCUCAGCUGUGCUGCGCUCCUCCUUGUAGGCACUUUGCUUUAAUUUUUUUAUUGGGCGUGCUCUCUUAUGCCACACUGCCUGCUCCCCCUCUCUCUGCCGCCUGCAAAAGCUGCCGCAGUCGCUGCCUACUUUGCCUUUCACACUUGACCCCUGUCCGCCUUUCACUUAGGCUUGGACAAUGGAGAAGGGGAGGUGGUCUAGUCAGGUUCAUUGUUUUCUUGUCAGUUGCACACCAAGGUGCCCUCUGGGCUUCAGCCUUGAACUGGAGGGUGUAUACAUCUAAAAUCAGAGGACGGGGCCACAAGGAAACAGCGACACUAAUCCUUCCCAGAGGAACACCUACUUGUGUGAAUGAAAAACAGUGGAUUGAAAGUGUGGACGCUGAAAAUCUAUUGUGAUUGUAAAAGCAGCGUCUUUAGUAUGAAGUUAGGCUCCCCUGUGGAUAAGCCCAACAUUAGCUGUGGGACUUACAAUUAACAGGAUCACAGCAGGCAUGGAGAGAGAGCUACAGUGGUCCUGUGGAAAAUCCCUCCUUUGAAGCUGGUAUUUGCAUAGGGAGGAAGUCCCCAUGACAAAUGUUUGUGUGUGCUAGGGUGAGCUAAAAGUAGAUCAAAUCUGGCCAGAGAAAACAAACACUGUUCUGUGAUUUUGGUUCAAAGUAGAAGAACUGGUUUUGGUAACUCUGGGGUGCUGUUCUUGCUUCAGGAUCUGUAUGCACUGCAUGCUUACUACCUACCCAACUUGUACAUUUGUAAAUAAAUAAAUUUUUGUUUUGUAACAAA